GCGCGCACGUCGCGUCAGUUGUGAUUCGCUGUCAGUGUCAACCGCGCGUCGAUUGUGCGCACUCACAGUGCGCCUUGAUAUGAGCGGGCGCACCUGGCCUCGCGAGCGCUUGUGCAACCGAUUUGCCUCCAUUUCGCCAUGACACAAGAGGAAUUCUGUACUUACCUUGUUGACGAGCUGCAACAACGCUCCGACGACGAGGAUGUCGUCAUCAGGAGGGACCGCACCAGUGUCAAGGAAAUGAUACUGCGCUUCGAGAAGACGUCGAUGACCAACCUCGCGGGCUCCACUGAAUCUUUAGAAAGAGUUAAAGACAUCGACCUAGAAAACUUAACGAGUGUGGUAAACCCGGUGCAACUUCAUAUUCAAAAUUUGCACCCAGUGAAUAGAUCUCAUGACCGCAACUCAAAUGUAUCGGUGAAUUCGAUAUUGUCUAAUGUGUCAGAAAUUAGUUAUGAAUCUAAUUCAUCAGGUUUUGUAUCCGAUCGGAAAUCAGGUGUGGAGAGGCUUCGUCCUCAUAGGCCUGCACCCCCGCCUCCGGAGCCAUUUAACGAUAACUCGUCCGCUGGAAGUAAAUCCCCCAGGUCCGAGGUGAUACCGCCGCCGAGACGGUUUUCCUUCGCGACACCUAACUCUUCCCCCGUUGUUCUGCGUCGACGACAACCACCAGUUAUACGGAGGAAAUCAACUGUUUCCAAUCAACAUUUAGGAGAAGCUCAUUGGUCAUAUGGUGUUACACAAGGUGACCUAGAGAAAUUAUUGAGACUGAAAACGUCCGAAGUAUCCGAUGGCGAAGAACCUAAAAAUACCCGUCCAGUAAUAUCAGAAUCUGAUAGCAGCAGUGAUGAUUCUUCUGAUAGUGACAAGGCCGAUCGGGGCGAGGAAUACGUAGUUAACAUUGACGAUAGUAAAGCGGACACCCUGUCGACGACCACUGAUACUCUAAUUAACGAGGAAUGCAGUGAUGAAGGAGACUAUUUCUCUGUUACAUCUGGUGCUUCCGGUGAACGUAGUAAUUAUGAUAACGUUAGCAUUAAGUCCAUAUCCUCGUUCGACGGUAUGGUUCCGUACCAAAAAUAUGACAGUAUUACAGUGUCCUCUGACGAGUUCGGUUCCGAGGUGUGCCAUGCGCCAGACACGGAGUUCCUUACAGUGAGUGCAGUGAACGAGUGGUGUGUUACAAAGUCUGCGGAACCGGUAUUGCUACCAGUGGAAACGAAAAAGGAGAAAUAUCGACGGCGACUGACAGAAAGGGUAAAUGAAUUGCUUCACACCGAAAGCGUGUACGUGGACCGACUGAGGCAUGUGGUCGAGAACUACAUUCCCGAGAUGGGGAGAGAUGAUCUUCCCAACACCCUCCAGGGUAUGAAGACUGACAUUUUCGCCAACAUCGAGCGCAUCUUCAGGUUUCACUCCGAGGAGUUCCUGCCAGCUUUACGAGACUGUGAGAAUGAUCUCAGAAAGUUGGGACAAUGUUUUAGGAAGUUCGAACAAAAAUUCAAUAUGUACGUAAUGUACUCCAGAGGCAAUAAGAGAGCUACGAGACUGGUAUUUGAGCACAAACAAUUCUUUCAGGAGAAACAAUUAGAAUUAGGCGAUAGAUUAGACUUGUCAAGCUACCUGCUAGAACCGGUGCAAAGGAUACCCAGGUACAAGCUGUUCAUCGAUGACCUCGUGAAGACGUAUACUAAUUACGAGAACGAAAGAAGCGAGUCGGAUUCGAAUAUAUCGAAGCUGAGCGUGGACAGCGACGAGACGGGCGGCAGCAACGGUGAAUCGGAGGGCGAGGAGUCGCCGCUCGAGAGCCUGAAGCUGUCAAAGGCCAUGAUCGAGUGCGUGCUCACCGCCGUCGACGGCAUCAUGGCGCUCGAGAACAUCAGGGAUUGUCCGCCUCAUAUAAACCUGAUGAAUCAGGGCCGAUUGCUGCGUCAGCAGGAGUUCUACGCUAUGGACAGCACGCGUCGUCGGCGCCAGCUCAUGCGGAUAUUCCUCUUCGACAAACUGGUGCUGCUUACUCUAGUCUACCGCAAGCAACCGACAGUGGAGUUCUUCUUCUACAAAGACCAUAUUCCUGUGGACGAUCUCGGCAUCACGGCGAAAGAAAUAGACCAGUAUAAAUUUACUAUUUGGUACAAGAAACGGAAUAUGAAGUCCUACAAGUUGGAGACCAGAGACCCGGCCGUGCGGAGCGCCUGGGUCGAGGAGAUCACGUCGCUUCUGUGGGAACAGGCUAUGCAAAAGAAAGAACUACUUCUUCAGCAGCGGAAUAAAAGGAUGUCAAUGGUAUCUAUGAACAGUCAGGAGUCAAACGAAGACGACAGGAAUGAUGACAAAUACAAUUCACUUCGCGGCGUGCCAGGUGAAGUUCGACGAUCAAGUGAUAAAAAAGUCCGAAGAACUACUUGGUACUGUGAAUGAAAAUUCCUAUACUUUAUUGAAACUUGGGUUCUGUUCUGUUUAAAGCUGACAUCCUUUCAAAGGGGAAAGUAUUUAUGAACUUCGUUUAUUGUUUAAGAAGUAUGACGUAAGUAGGUGGAAUAAUAAGUACUUAUGUCACGAGUUGUUCAUGGUUUAGGCAUGGGGUACAUAGGAAGAAAAAACCAUAUAGUUUAGGUCUACCACUUAUCUCAGGUAGUAGAAGGUUGGUCCUGAGUUUUGGGCUAAAACAAAUUUAUAUGUUCCAUUUUAUACCUAUUUAACAUAAUUAUAAUACAAAUCAGCUUCAUGCAGCGAAGCCUUCAACCUGUCCGUAGCCCGAACGCCUCAGUUAGUCAGUUAAACUAGCAAGGUAGUUAUAACUACACUUUCGUAAUAAACAAUUUUGUCUGUCUAAUAUAAGUAAAUAAUAAAAUUGGCAGCUAGAAUACACCCAAAAAAUGUACGCGUACGGCGGACCACUCUAAGUAGGCCUCUUACAGUCUUAUAGGAAUUUGAACAUGGAUGGGUUUUUGUAAUCCAUACAUUUGUCCAAUGAAUUACUUUAACUAUUGAGUGUAAUUCAUGCACUAAGUAUCAAAAACGUGACAUAAGUAAGUUUUAUAAUGAAAUGUAACCAAAGUGUGGUAGCAAACAUUUAAUGAUAUUUCUACAAAAUGUGAUAAUUGUUUUUGCAUUACGAAUAAUGUUAAUAUUAUUAUACUUUACGUUUUAGUUACAGUCAUUAUUAUAUAGAACAUAUAUUGUUAUACAAUGUUGUUUAAUGAAAGCUACAUGUAAGAUAUUUUAUUGAUGUAAAAUAGACGAUAGCUCACUGCUAUAACUAUGUAAAUUAAUUUAGAAAUCAUUAAAUAAAUCAUAUAAUAACUA